GCAAAGUAAAUCUAUUGCGAACAUGACCAGAAGAUCCAUGAUAAGUAAUUUUGUUUUAGUUUUCACAAUUAGACGUUUUGUUUACAUAAAAAGAAACUACAAACCUUCCCAGCAUGCACUUCUCUGCGCCGAUGUUCUUCCGUUUUCCCAUCAUGCAGUUUGAGAAACAUGGCGGCUGAGAGCUUUCAUAACAUUGGUGCCACCGUUAACUAGCGCAUUCUUGCUCUUGCGAAUUUAUGAAUAAGUGAACAUUGGUGUUAAAGUGGAUUCUGCAAAAUGCCGAAAUAUUACGAGGACAAAGAGGAAGACACCAGAGCCUGCUCCGGCAUCAGAGAGGACUUCAAGGCGUGUCUCCUUCAGCACGACUGCGUGGUAAAGGGGGGGAAGCUGCCCAGUGAGUGUUUGAAGGAAGGCCACUGCAAAGCCCUGCAGACAUCCUUCUUUGAGUGCAAAAGGUCAAUGCUGGACAAUAGGUCGAGAUUCAGAGGAAGGAAAGGCUACUGAGGAACCGCCUGAUGCAGCCGCGUGGUAGAGUGAAUGCUGGAAGAGCAAGUGUUAACACGUCUAAUGAUUCAAAUCGUCCAUCAGCGCUGCUCACGGGUCAGUGCAGUAUCACAACCUCAUCUGAAGCGCAUGUUUCAAGGAAGUGGGGAGGAAAGGACUACCAAAUGUUAAAAGAACAAUGUACGCAAAAGGAUUACCAACUCUGCAACAUGUAGUGCUGACAAACCCUGGAGCUGUUUUCUUUGUGUGUGUGUGUGUGUGUGUGUGUGUGCUAUGAGAAACUUAAUGUAAUGAAUAAAAUGUAAAGAAAGAGUUUAUUACACUUUAAAUAAAGUUCUGUCAUCAAAACACAUGA